AUGAUUCAGCAACCUAUCAAAAGACCUAGAUUGGCCCUGAGCUGUGUUGUCUGUCGUCGUCGCAAGGUUCGCUGCGGUCGUGAACAUCCACAAUGUGUCAACUGCACGCGAAUGAACGAGACCUGUGUGUACAACACAGGAGUUCGCGACGAGCUUACUGGCCGGGUGCGACAUGUAUUCUUGAAUAAUGAAAGCAACCAUUCUGAGAGCCGACCGUCCAAUCAUGCUGCUGUGCCGGACACGGGAGCAUGGCCUGGCACUCAAGCUCCAGGGAUAGUGGGUACACCAGGCUCUGAAGCGAAUUACCCAACUGCUUCACUGCUUGAUCCCCCGCUAGCCUGUUCCACAAAUCGAGUCGCAGAUCUAGUCCAUAAUGAUAAGCCUUCUACAGGCACAAGCAAUGUGCCGGAUGCUAACUUGAACCCCUCUUCUACAUCCGAGUCGUCCUCUGCGCAUAGGCCAGUUCCAAUCUGCAAUGACUACCUGAAUUUGCAGCGAAACGGUCAUACAAGGUUCAUUGGUCGAGCCUUUUGGGGUUCCAUUGCUGGAAAGGAAACCCAAAGCGAUGACUUUUUCAAGUGCCGUCAUGUUCCCCACGAUAUGGCCUCAUAUGCUUCUGCUGCAAAGAUGUUUAGCCUCCUGAAGUCUCUGCCCACAAAACCCGUUAGCAACGCCCUGCUUGAGGUAUUCUUCAUCGCAGUGUGGCCCAUUUGCCCUCUCGUGGACCGGUCCUCACUGCAGACAGAUUACGAUGACUUCUGGGCCUGGUGUGGAAAUAAUGACGAGUCAUUGCCAUCGCAAAAGUUCAUUGACGACCCAACGUUUUUCUGUUUACUAUUUGCAAUAUUGUACUGCGGUGCAUCAGCUGCGCCGGAAGCUCACUGGGCAAGCGAUCUGCUUCAGGACGAGUGUAAAGAUACGACCUUGAAGCAGCUUAAAACCGCCUAUACAGCCAGUCUUUUCCAGUCUUGUCAUCUGCAGUAUCCGACAAUAAACACCCUCGUCUCGACGUUGUUAACAGGUCCAUUCAUUGACCCACCCCAUGAGUGGAUGCAAAGUUUAGUCUCCAUCAGCACUACGGUGCGAAUAGCCCAGAGUAUGGGACUUCACCGUGAAGCAACAUGGUCGGCUCUCAAUCAUAAAGAUCAAGAAACCAGGCGUCGGAUUUGGUGGCAUAUAGUCUGGCUCGAUCUGCAGUCGAGCGUAUCUACCGGCCUUCCGCCCUGCUGUGGAGACGAUGUACUAGACGGAGUAAGCGUGGUUGCUUAUGGUGACAAUGGCGGAGCUGUCAUCGAUUCCGAAGUCUUGGACCUAACACUAUUGUUCGCCAUCGGGCGAUCCGAAAGCACUCGCCUGCAAUGGAAUAUCGUUUCUCACCUGCAGAGCUCACGAAAAAUGACUACGGAGAAGCUUUCAGAGCUCGCUACGGACGCGAAACGGGUUGAGCAGACAAUUGACACGCUCAUCGGUCAUAUAUCCACACAUACAGUAGCGGAGGGAACCAGCCAGUCCACCGAUUUUACAAGGUGGACGCGUGCCAUGCUGACAUUAAUGCAGCUCGAAACAGCUAUCACGCUACACAGGCCGGUAUUGGUCUCCCCAGUAGACAAAGACUCAAACUCCAAAAAGCUAUGGACCAGAGUUGUGCACCUCUGCGUGGCUUAUUUGCGUCUUUUUAUAUGGCUCCACGAUACCCCUGCGCUUUCGCCCUACACAUGGUACUGGCAUAGCCAGUACGGGCCCCUCCAAUGCGCACUUCUUACAUUGACAUAUAUCCAACAAUCUCACACAUUAAGCGAAGUACCGAACGCCCGAUCAUGCCUUGAUGAUUAUAUCUGUCUCAUUCUCUCACAAUACCAAGCCCCGGGUUCUUCGCCUGAAAACCAGACGGCCGAUGAUGAUAGCGCUGGCCAAGGCCAAUUGAAAGACAGGAUGCCACUCGCUAUGCAAGCUCUCAUCGACCUUCAUAUUGGCCUGGAUUUCUCCCUGGAAUCUACCCCACGGCCCCAAACUGCCCUUGGUAGUACCACUUCUGCAUCGGCAUAUACCACCUUAACGGGUAAUGACGGUGGAUUGGACUUAGAGUCUAUUUCCAACAUGGCACAGUCUGACUUUGAGUCAUGGGCGGCAUUUUCGCUAUCCCAGAUAUUCUAA